CUGGAUCAAAGUGACAGCGGGCUCACGCUCGGUGAUUGGUGAGCGGGUUAGGAUCUCCAGAAUCUAUCGCUGCAGUCGUACGGUGCAGAACUAAAGUAUUAAAACUGUGUGAGGGCUUUGGCACUCGGUACCGGAUUGAUCAUCCGCAGAGCAUUCAUCGGGCAGCUGAAGCCUCCGUGGGGGAGCACGUUACACCGGGGAGAGGGCGCUUUGCGGAGGAGUCUGAAAGGUCAGAGGGAGGAGUCAAUCCAAAGGCAAGCUACUCCGUAUCCACAUGGCUGAGCCCAAUUUCCCUCCAAUUCCGGGAUUCAUUCCGCUUAAGCCAUGUUUCUAUCAAGACUUUGAGGAGAUCCCGGAGCAGCACCGCACCAUGUGCAAGAAAAUGUAUCACCUGUGGAUGUUGAAUACUGCCACGCUUGCUGUGAAUCUCAUUGCCUGCUUUGUUUGGAUGUUUGGUGGAGGUGGAGUGACCAACUUUGGACUGGCCCUAAUCUGGCUAAUCAUGUUCACUCCUUGCUCCUAUGUCUGUUGGUUCAGAUCCAUCUACAAAGCCUUCAAGAGUGACAGCUCCUUCAACUUCAUGCUGUUCUUCUUUGUGUUCAUGGCCCAAGUUGGCAUCAGCAUCAUCCAAAGCAUAGGUAUCCCAGGAUGGGGAGUAUGUGGUUGGUUGGCCACCAUUUCCUUCUUCAGCUAUAAUAUUUUUAUCGCCUUAAUCAUGCUGAUCCCGACAAUAAUGUUCACAGCUGUGGCUUCACUGUCCUUCAUUGCACUUACAAAGAUCCACAAUUUCUACCGUGGCACUGGGGCCAGCAUGUCCAAAGCUCAAGAGGAAUGGGCCACAGGAGCCUGGAAGAACCCUCAUGUCCAGGCAGCAGCCCAGCAAGCUGCCAUGGAGGCAGCUUCUGGUGCCAUGCAGGAUCAGUAUUCCACCCCACAGUAUAACGACAACCAGAUGUAGACCCAUCAAGGCGAAAGGUGUCAAAGAUGUAAUGCCAAAGACAUAGUCUGGAAGAUAGAGAUCCAUCUCCAAUCAUGGAAUCCGUUAUCAAGUACAAAAUCCACAAUUGUGAAAAACAGAAAAACUGGAGGGAAACAGUUUUUUUGCCAGGAGUGUAUUGGCUCCAUCAUUGUUAAUGAAAACAAUAAUGUAUUUAUUCCAUCUUUUCUUCUUAUUUAAUUUAUUAUUUAAUAAUGACUAUAAAUACAUUUAGGAUAUUUUUUGUGUACUAAAGUUUUAAAUUGUUAAGUUGUUCAUUUAGUUUUUUAUUGUGUUUCAAAAUCAAAGGUGGACUAAACGUUCUAUGCAAUUUUUGUAAUUAUUUGAAAUAAUUUUUGUGAUCUAACAAGUAUAUUUCUAAACUCUUCACCACUGGUUGUGAUGUGAAUCUGAAUAAUGUAGAAGUGUUGACAGUAAGUCUUUGUUGUACGAUAAUAAAACUGGAUUACCGACAGUCUUCAUUCAGUGGUGACUGAUGAGCACAAAAUCAGACACUUCAAAUUUCCUCCAGGCUCAACUUUGAAUAUGUGAAAUCUGGAUCUUUGAUGUGAAAGAUGCUCCCUGUUGUUUAUGUAACAUAGGAAAGACCAGGAAAAUCAAUUUAAGUUUGAUGGUUAUAUUGACAUUUGAAAAUUAAAAGCAAGUCGAA